CAGUGUCAGUGUAUACGUAUUAUCUUUGUAGGGGUCGUUACUGCAAUCGAAUUUACAACUUGACUUGCGAAUGUCUAUCUAUCCAAUCGGACAUGAGGAGAAGUUUUUUUGGGGAAAAAAAAUGGUAAAAGGGAAAAAAAGUUGAGUAUGACCUUGGUCCUCGUCUCCUAGAUAUUUUGCGUCGACGGACCUCCUCAGAUGAGAAAUUGCUACUCUAGUUUCACACGCAAUGGUUAGAUACGGUUUCAAGUUACAUCAAAACAUGGCGCUUUAUGCUGUUACUUACCGUUAAAAUUACCCGUUUCCCUCUGUCGCUCCAGCUUUUUGUUUUUCUCUUAGAGAUGGCCGCCACUCGCUCCGCUCACCCCGACUGUCUUUCGCCCGGCUCGGCCUUCAUUAGACCGCCGGGUCGAGUACUCGAUGCAGCUCCGAUCGGAAAGCCUAUUGUGAAGGAACCCUGGCGCGGCGCGCUGUUACACUCUAAGCGUACAUUGUCGAGGACUGUCUCGCCGGUUCAAGCCUGCUCGGGAGCCGACGACUCGGUACCGUCGGAGAUGUCCGUAGAAAACGCACUGAAGCUUCUCGGAGUCUCUGAGGGAGCUUCCUUCAACGACAUACUCCGCGCCAAGAAAUCGAUCCUCGCCACUAUUAAGGACGACCAGGAAGCGGUUGCCCAGAUCGAGGCUGCAUAUGACAUGUUACUUAUGCAGAGCCUAACUAAGCGGCGAGCGGGAAAAGUAGUGGAUAGUAAAAUUCGUUAUGCUGAUGCCAAACCUGUGAAGCCCUCUGGUUUGGGCUCAAUGCCUCCAUGGUUCCAAACUACAAUGAAGAAUUCCCCAGUUUCGAUAGAGACUCCCUCAACUAGUAAUUUAGGUGUACAAGCUGGUGUGUAUGGUGCUUUGAUGGGUUUAACCUAUAUUAUUGAUGCUUCUACACCCGCUUCAUCAUAUUCUGCAGUAGACGUUCCUGGACUCAUCUUGGCUGGUAGUUUUGGAGCUUCCUUGUACUUUAUGACCAAAAAGAAUGUUAAGUUGGGGAAGGCCACUGUUAUAACCAUAGGAGGGCUAAUAUCAGGUGCAGCAGUGGGGUCGGCUGUAGAGAGCUUGUUGCAUGUAGAUGUUAUACCAUUUCUAGGCAUACACUCCCCUGCUACUGUUGUAAGUGAAAUCAUUGUUUUGUCUCAAUUCUUGGUUUCCCUGUACCUAAGGUAGACACGGAGAACACGAUGUUCAUAUAUUGAAAUGUGAUUCAUCCUUUCCUUUUCUUAAGAAUCAUUGUCUGUCUUUCAAAACUCUGAACAGUGUGUUAGCUAAUCUUGGAUAUAGUGCCAAAGGGCGAAGACACAUUGUGAAUCAUUGAUGGAGACAGAUUUAAAUCUAGGAUUUUUUCUUAUA